CCCCCGGCCCAUGCACCCGCAUCCAGCCGGGACAAGGGCUGCUGUCCCCCCGCCCGCAGAGGCUCCAUAGCCCGGCAGGAGGUGCAGGAUGGGAAGCACCACUGGAUUUCUCUGCACAUCCCUGGCUGGCCUCACCAUCCUGGUUUGGUGCCAAGCACAGAGUAGCACAAGGAAUUAUGGGCCAGUGUUUGAAGAGCAGCCUGUCCACACCCUCUUCCCUGAAGGCUCAGAAGAAGAGAAGGUCACCAUGGCUUGCCGAGCAAGAGCCAGUCCCCCUGCCACCUACAGGUGGAAGAUGAAUGGCACAGAGAUAAAGAUGGAGCCAGAUUCCCGUUACAGGCUGGUUGCAGGUGACCUAGUGAUAAGCAACCCAGUGAAAGCCAAGGAUGCUGGAUCCUACCAGUGUGUGGCAUCCAAUUCCAGGGGCACAGUGGUCAGCAGGGAAGCCUCCCUCCGCUUUGGCUUUUUGCAGGAAUUCUCUGCAGAAGAGCGAGACCCCGUGAAGAUCACGGAAGGCUGGGGAGUGAUGUUUGCCUGCAGCCCUCCUCCCCAUUACCCAGGCUUGUCCUAUCGAUGGCUCCUGAAUGAGUUUCCCAAUUUCAUCCCUGCCGACGGAAGGCGUUUUGUCUCUCAGACCACAGGAAACCUUUACAUUGCCAAGACAGAGGCUUCUGACCUGGGCAACUAUUCCUGCUUUGCCACCAGCCACAUUGACUUCAUCACCAAGAGUGUUUUCAGCAAGUUCUCCCGGCUCAGCCUGGCUGCAGAGGAUGCCAGGCAGUAUGCACCCAGCAUCAAGGCCAGGUUUCCUGCAGACACCUACGCUCUGGCUGGGCAGAUGGUGACUCUGGAGUGUUUUGCCUUUGGAAACCCUGUUCCUCGAAUAAAGUGGAGGAAACUGGAUGGCUCUCAGUCCUCCAAGUGGAUCGGGAGUGAGCCCCUCCUGCAGAUCCAGGAGGUUGGCUUUGAGGAUGAAGGCACUUACGAGUGUGAGGCUGAAAACAUCAAAGGGCGAGACACCUACCAGGGCCGCAUCAUCAUUCAAGCUCAGCCCGAGUGGCUGAAGGUGGUGACGGACACGGAGGCUGACAUCGGCUCCGACCUGCGCUGGAGCUGCGCGGCCGCGGGCAAACCCCGGCCCAGCGUGCGGUGGCUUCGGGACGGGCAGCCCCUCAGCUCCCAGAACCGCAUCGAAGUGAGCGGUGGAGAGCUGAGAUUUUCCAAGUUAGUCCUGGAGGACUCUGGCAUGUAUCAGUGUGUGGCUGAGAACAAGCAUGGCACAGUUUAUGCAAGUGCUGAAUUAACAGUGCAAGCCUUAGCACCAGAUUUUAGACUAAACCCAGUGAAGCGUCUGAUACCUGCAGCUCGAAGUGGGAAGGUCAUCAUCCCAUGCCAACCAAGGGCAGCACCAAAAGCCACUGUGCUCUGGACCAAAGGGACUGAGCUCCUGAUCAACAGUAGCAGGGUGACUAUUACCACAGAUGGCACCUUGAUCCUCCAGAAUAUCAGCAAGUCUGAUGAGGGGAAGUACACCUGCUUUGCUGAGAAUUUCAUGGGCAAAGCCAACAGCACUGGAAUCCUCUCUGUUCGAGAUGCCACCAAGAUCACAUUGGCACCAUCGAGUGCUGACAUCAACGUCGGUGAAAACCUCACUCUACAAUGUCACGCGUCCCACGAUCCCACCAUGGACCUGACCUUCACCUGGUCACUAGAUGACUUCCCCAUUGACUUCGACAAGUCUGAGGGGCACUACCAGCGCGCCAGCCUGAAGGAAGCCAUUGGGGACCUCAGCAUCUUCAACGCCCAGCUGAAGCACGCGGGGCGGUACACGUGUACAGCCCAGACUGUUGUGGACAGUGCUUCCGAGUCAGCCACGCUGACUAUCAGAGGACCUCCAGGCCCCCCCGGGGGCGUGGUGGUGAGAGACAUCAGUGACACCACUGUCCAACUGAGCUGGAGCAGAGGCUUUGAUAACCACAGCCCCAUUGCCAGGUACCUCAUCGAGGCACGGACCCUCCUCUCCAGCAAAUGGAAGCAAAUGCGCACCAAUCCUGUAAAUAUUGAAGGCAACGCAGAGACAGCCCAGGUGGUGAACCUCAUUCCUUGGAUGGAUUACGAGUUUCGCGUCUUGGCCAGUAACAUUCUGGGGGUUGGGGAGCCCAGUUUACCCUCCAGCAAAAUCCGCACCAAAGAAGCAGCACCUACUGUGGCACCAUCUGGGCUGAGCGGAGGCGGAGGGGCUCCCAACGAGCUGAUCAUCAACUGGACGCCCAUGCUGCGGGACUACCAGAACGGAGAUGGCUUUGGCUACCUCUUGUCCUUCCGCAAGAAGGGCACGGAGGGGUGGCUGGCGGCGCGGGUGCCACACGCCGACUCGCUGCACUACGUCUACCACAACGAGAGCAUCGGGCCCUACACCCCCUUCGAGGUGAAGAUCAGAGCUUACAACAGGAAAGGAGAGGGACCCGAGAGCCUCACCGCCAUCGUGUACUCUGCAGAGGAAGAACCAAAAGUGGCUCCUUUCAGAGUCCUGGCCAAGGCUGUUCUGUCCUCAGAAAUGGAUGUGUCCUGGGAGCCCGUUGAGCAGGGAGACAUGACUGGAGUGCUGUUGGGCUACGAGAUCCGGUACUGGAAGGAUGGUGACAAAGAGGAGGCAGCUGACAGGGUGAGGACAGCAGGGCUGGUCACAUCAGCUCAUGUCACAGGCCUCAACCCCAACACGAAGUACCACGUGUCAGUCAGAGCUUAUAACCGGGCUGGGACUGGCCCCCCCAGCCUCUCUACCAACAUCACGACAACGAAGCCACCACCAAAGAGGCCACCUGGCAACAUCUCCUGGACUUUUUCUGGGUCCACAGUCAGCAUCAAGUGGGACCCAGUGGUGGCAAAGGCAGAUGAGUCUGCAGUGACAGGGUACAAGAUGCUGUACAGGCAGGAUUCCCACUCUGCUCCCACACUCUACCUGGCCAGCAAGAGCCGAAUCGACAUCCCCAUCCCUGAAGACUUCACUCAUGCCUUUGUACAGAUCAGGGUGACAGGCCCUGGGGGGGAUGGAGUCCCAGCAGAGGUUCACAUCCUCCGAAACAGUGGGACGAGUAUGAUGGUGGAAGACUCUGUGACGAGGCCAGUGCCACAUGCUGUCAUCAUUACAACUAACUCUCUGGUCAUGGUGGCCCUGAUCAGCUACCUGGAGCUCUGACAACAGCCAGCACAGCAGGGGACUCCUGGACACGCUUCCUCCCACGCCAGCAAGGAGCUUGGCUGCUGCAACGUCAAGUUUGCUCCACAGCAGCCCUACAGAGAAAGGAUUUGACAACAUUGUUUUAAGGGUGGAAGAAGCAGCUUUUCUUUUUUGUUUGUUUGUUUGGGAAGAAUUCAAGCUUUCAUACAAGACAUGGGUCUUUAACCAAUUACAAGUUUUUUAAAAGAAACGAGUAAAACGAAGAAGAAUUCCGUGUGAAUUCUGACACCCAACUGCCCCACACACUGUAUCCUGUAGGUUUUCUGCCUUACAAAGCCAUGUACUAAAAUAACCAGACUGCUAAACUUGACUUUGUUGGUUUUUUUAAUAUGUACUGUGAAUUUUUGAGGUGUAAGGAGAGGGAUGGGGACUGAGGAUUUCACAGUGAGCAGCACGUUCCAUGCCAAUCCCAGUCACAGCCAUCUCCAGCCAGUUAUGGGACAGGACUGGGGGGUUUUCCCCCCAUAAUAUGAGCCAAAUUCUGCAGCAACCAGCCCAAGGAGAUAAAGCCACAAGAGAGAUUGAUCUCUGCCCCAUCCUGAAGACAAGUGAACACAAGAGUUUAGAUUGUGAAAAGCUUUUUUAUGACACCGGUGUUAACUUGCAACCCCAGCCUAUUGUUUGUACCAACUAUGAGGUGCAAUGUUCAAUGUUACCCAUAUCCCACCUGGUUUGGGGUGUUUUUGUUGUAACUUUUGCUUCUUUCCUUUGUGCUUGGGGAGGAGAAGGGGUAAGCAAACAGGCGAUACUUUUCCAGCAUCCACUAAUUUGGAGAGACAGUUCUUCCCAGUAACAGAGAUGUCAACAUAUCCAAUUUCAACAGAGAGAGGGUCUCACAGGAGGAAGAAAAAGGAACAGUUCAUCAUUUAACCAAGAACUGGAGACUCACAGAAGCCACCACUGGGGCAACAAGGAAAAUCUGGACUCACUCAGAUCCAUCACCCUACACAAACAGCUCUGUCCAGCCAAAAUACCAGUCCCAGCUUGGGACUGCAAGGCUGAGGCCCAACCAGUAAGUCUGGUCUUCAGGUCUCAGGAUCAUCCCAUGGAAGGGCUGAUACCCCUGAGAAGUCCAGGGACACUGAGGUGCACCAUGAACUAAAAUGGUUGAGAACAGACAUUGCAAAUUACAACCUCUCUGUCUCCCAGUAAAGCAAUUACCCAAGUUAAGGAGAAGCUGGUUUACGUUCCUUGCUGGUUAGAUCCCAAGCUUUUAGGAACCUUUACCUGCCUGUACCUUACUCUACCCCAGUGGACAAUCCUGCUGGUCUGAGCAGCCUCAGCUCCACUGCCUGGCAAGGGGCUGCACUUGCAGGACUGGACAACAGGCACUGAUGUGCAGCUUCUACACUAGAUACCAAUUCCUUGCCCUUGCUCAUCAAUUCAAAACUACCACAUCCAAGGCCUUAGUGAGCACUGGAGAGAUUGCAAGCACCAGUCCCUGCCUUCCUGCACUUAUACCUAUUGUAUAUGUCCAGAAUAUCCCAUCACAAUUUUAUCAGCAUCUGGCCUCCCCUGGAAGCAAGGAGGUUCACACCCUGGGAUGCAAACAGCAAGACUGGGGGCUCAGGAAGAAGGGCUCCUGUGUGUUUAGCAAACAAGAGAAAUGUUUUAAGAAACAGGCAAAGAAAAAUAAACUUCUUGAAAGAGUCAAAAUACUUAGAGCACAGCUGCAGCCAAAAGAAGGGGGACCUCACUGUUCCCAUUAUAAUCCCUGGGAUAAAGUGGGACAAGGAAGACAAGAGCUCCCACUGCCCCCGGCAGCAAAAGCAGGAACCAUCAUCCCUGGAGCCCAUCCUGAGCCUCCUCCCUGUCCCUCUGCAGCUCCCCAUGGAUUACCCCUUCAGUCCCACCAGCAAGCUGAAACACUUCCUUCAGGGCUAUGGCUAAAUGCAAAUUAUAUUUUUGUAUUAUUUAUGUUCUUGAAGAUUUUAAAGUAUUUUUAUUGCUGUUUGGAAGCUUUGUUUGGCAAAAUAUGUUCUGUUGUUCAUUCAGCAUUUUUGUUAUCACCUCUGUCUUGUUGGGCCUUCAACCUUUCUCCCACCAAAGAUGGGAUGAAAGAAAAAUUAGGAAAUCAGUGUUAGCUCAAAAGAAAACAAAUUAGGGCUUGGGCACCAGUUACCUGACUGAUACACAGGACUGGUGGUGGCCAAAAGGACAAUAUGUAGGAGGCAUAAAAUAACUGAACCUUCAGAGCAGUGUGGGUGAUGCCCACUGCAGCCCUGCAGGAGGAUCAGCCUGGAUCAGGAGAAGACCAAGCAGAAGCUGCAAAGUCAAACACUGUGCUUAGAGCCUUCACUGACCAGAGAUGCAGGUGCUGGAGGCACCCAGAUGAUUCCCAUCCAGAGGUGCACACCAGACACCCGUGGGGCAGAGAAUGGGCUUUGAUGGACCCCACGUUGGGUGAACUCUGAGAAGAGAGCAAAGUGAAGUGAGGAACUCCUGUGAAACCCCAGGGCUGAGGGGCAGCACCAGCCUAGGUCUGACCAGGCAGGAGAUGCAAUGGCUGACAGCAACUUGAUCUCAACAGAUGCUUCCAAAUGUGUCUGGCAACCUGUGGCUCUCUGGUGUAUCCAGCUUCACAGUGUUGGAAAGGAAGACCCUCCACUGCUUGGUUAGACAGCAUCUAAAUGCUGCAGGGACACUGGGUUUUAAAAAGACACCUGCAACGUUGCCCCAGAAGGGUGAAUACAUUUUCCAUACAUUUCUCUGUUAAACUAGAUCAUGGGCACAUUUCAUAUAAGAUAAAAUGACACGAGUUGGCUUUCAAGUGUUCCAGUUAUCUCUGCACUGCAAAUGGGCUGAAUAUUCUCUGAUUUGUAAAACUGAUGGGACAGUAUUUUCUAAUGCCUCCAGGUGACAAGUAGAUCUCCUCUAAAGUCAAAUGUCUCCAGUCUGAAAUCAAGCUACACCUCUUUUUUUGAAAACGUAAAUCAUGGCUGCACAGAGUUCCAUCAGUCUGCAUUUUAAAUCAACACACUGCUGAGCUUUUGCAAUGUUUUAAGGAUUAAACAAAGAAGCCAAGAGGUGUGACCUGGUGAUAACCACAACGGCCUUACAACCACUUGUUCUAAUCCCAGCUCUGACACUGACCCCAUCUAUGGUUCCAAGCCUUUAUUUCACCACUCACUGCCUCAGUUUCCCUUCCUGGAAAGUGAGGCACAAGCAGGUCACUGGGUAUUUGCAGGUUCUUUGCAGUUUGAAAGUACCUGUGGAUUCCCACAGCUGUGGGUUCCCUGCAGAGAACCAGGGUGGGCUCAAACACCCAGCUGGGCACCAAGAACACUAUAUUAUUAUAUGCAGCCAAGCCAGAGCCACCAACAGGAGAAAAAAUGUGGAAGAAGCCUUCUGCAAAGCCAGUUAGAGCUUCCCAAACUACAACACAAGGGUUAAAAGGUGUUCAGAGCUGGGAGAGGAAACUUAGAAUCACAGAAUCAUAGAGCAGUGAAGGUUGGAAGGGACCUUAAAGAUCACCAGGUUCCAACUCCCUGCAUGGGCAGGGACACCUCCCACUAGACAGGGUUGACUUGGAUUUCAACAUCUUAACAGAGCUGACUGGCUUUCCAGGACUGCAUUAAGUUGCAAAUCAAUUUCCUGUCUCAUUAAGACUCCCCUGCGUUUCACUGCUCUGAGCAUUUGCUUUAGAGAUUAACUUACAGCCAUGAGUUAAGUGCCCUGGGUUUUGUUCUCAGCACCGUAAUGGCUCAAUAAGGAAAGUAAUCUAAUUUCACAGGGUCCAUCUCGUCAGCAGUAAAACCAGCCUGACACGGGUGCUGUGAGGAGUGCACAGCCAGGGUGGGAUGUUUUGAGCCUCCCAAAUGAGAGGAGCUUUACAGAGCUGAUUCAUCCACGUUUAACUGAAAAUGAUCUUCUACCUGGCACGACUGAACCUGCACACUGAAGAUUGUGCUUCUGGUUUUAUGCUGCUGGGCUACCUGCAGCCCUCAGCUCUGUGGGUGUGAAUCAGACCAAUGGGUGUGAAUCAGACCAAUGGGUUUGAAUCAGACCUAUGGGUUUGAAUCAGACCUAUGGGUUUGAAUCAGAUCUAUGAGUUGCUCACAUUUGCAGCAGGACAGAUGAGAUGUUGUGCCCUGAGUGGGAGACACUUGCAUCUCUGCCCAAGGCAUCAGCUGGGUAACACAGGCAUCACAUUCAGCUACUGCCUGGGGGUGUCUAAAUCCCAUCUGCUCUAACCCUGCAAAGAUCAGCCCCCUGCAGAAGCCCUCUUCUGGGUUUCCAUCCAGCUUCACUCACCCGAACAGGGCAGUUUUCUUCUCAGUAACUUUGUUCUACCUUAUUUUUUUUUUAAGAAAACCAAAUGGGAAACAUUGUAAGCAAACCCUGCUCACUGCCACAGUGGUUAUUGAUUGGCUACAGUAGCACACAGCUCAUAAAUAAAGAUCUUCAGAGACUUUAGACAAUUA